AUGUCAAUAUCAAAGAGACGGUUAGUGCAGCUGGCUCUGCUGCUCCUGCUCUCAGCCAGCUCCGCCUGGGCGGACGACGGCACGAGGCAUCCUCGAGCGAGGCAGGCCGCAGAUGCGGUCGAGCAGGCCUGGGGUGAUGUGUGGAGGAGGGUGGCGGCGGCGCCUAGCGAGGAGGGUGAGGAGACUAGACCAGCAGCAGCAGCAGCAGGAGGCGCAGGCCGCGGCCGCGCCGACGGCCGACAUGGCCCAGAUCACGCCCGCGCCGUGCCUACUGCAGGCGCGCCAGGACGACGGCCAGAUCCAGGCGCUCAGCCAGCAGAUCGCGUCCAUCUCGAGCGUCGCCUCGUCCGUCAGCCAGGCGAGCCGGCAGGUGUCGCAGUCGUCGCAGCAGCUGUCGCAGUCGGUGCAGCAGCUGACGCAGUCGACGCAGCAGCUGUCGCAGUCGGUGCGCGACCUGCAGCAGUCGGUGCAGCAGGCGCAGGAGUCGGCGCGCCAGGCGUCGCAGUCGGCGGACCAGGCCGUCCGGCAGGCGCGCGAGUCGGCGGGCUCGGCCAUGCAGGCCCUGACGAGCGGCGCGGCGGCCACCAUGUCGAGCGUGCUGGCGGCGGCGAGCUCGUCGGCGCGCGAGCUCAUGGUCGCGGCCAGCAGCCAGGUGCGCAUCGCGCAGGCCGACGCCACGCUCGCGAGGGUGAGUUUCCUCCCUCUUCUGCUUCUUCCAGCACCCUCUCUUCCAGACAAAACGCAGCCACGCAAGUAGAACAAGCCCAGGGCGCCGCCGUGUCCGUCACGCAGGCGGCCCUCGCCGUCGUGGGCACCUUCAUCGGCACCGUCCUGCUCACCAUCGCCGUCUUCUGGCUGCUGCUCAAGCGCCGCGAGAAGAAGAAGCAGAGGGCGGGCGAGCAGAGCGACCAACGCCGCCGCGACGUGAGCUACCCGCGCCGGCAGUCGUCGUCUUCGUCCGCGCCAGGCGGCCGCGCGAACAACCCCUUCGCCAGCAGCCAGGACAGCCUCGUACGCUACCAGCCCGACAUCAAGGAGAAGCUGGCGCCGCCGGAGCCCGUCAUGACGCCCGCGGGCAGCGGCGUCGGCGGCUUCGGCGUGGCGCAGAGCGACUACAGCGUGGCGAUCAGCGGGCCCGGGGGCCCCGGGGUGACCAUCGGGAACCCGCCCCCGCCACGGAGCCAGGGCGGCCCGGCCGGGACCUCGUUCAGCCUGUUCCCGAGGAAGCUGUCUGCCGGUGCUGCUGACGGCAGACCCGGCGCCGCCGCCCAGGGACAAAGGGUGCCGUCCGAGGCGUUCUCGCCGAGCUCGCAGUACUCUCAGGACUCGAACGCGGUUGCCGCUGCUCCCAGUCUACAGAAGUGGCUGGGCGCCAGCACAGUGAGCCCGUUCGGGACGCUCAACUCGAACAAGGCUGCCGUCGCGCGGACCGAGAGUCCUGGGUGGCCCUUGCAGAGGCCGCAGGGCGUCGGCGGCGUAAACGCGGGAGGAGGAGCAGCAUCGGGAGGCAAGGUGAUGAGGCCGCUGAGCAGGUUGCCGCUGAGGGACAGCUGA